AUGGCUGGGAAGAGGCUGCUCGACGCGGCGAAGCUCUUCAGCGCGGGAGGAUCAGUCGCCAAACACCACUUCAAUAUACGGAGAGACCAAUGGCAACUGUUCACCAGGACAUCAGGACUAGCGAAAGCUGUCAAAGGUCAGACCGACCGAGUAACUGUGACCGCCGGAGCGGCGAUCGAGCUCGCAAAACGAUUCAAUGAGAAGGAACAGAUUCGAAGGGACAGCCCACAGCCCCAGGACUAUGGCGGCCGAGAACCGAGCGGAAAUGAUUGGGUGAAAGAGCAGCGUGAGAUUCAGCAGGCAAAGAGCGAGGUGGUUAGGCCGCCUGCUGAAUCGGUGCAAACGGAAAGCGCAGGUCAAGACACUUUCAAUGAACGACCCAACACUAGAGCGCCAGAUCUCGAAGAGCACUCGUCGAAGCUUUCCAGCUCGAGACUCCCAGAGCAUGCGGAGAGAUACCCAGAGGGAGAAAAGCUACCCGAGAAAGAGCUGAAUCAGGAUGUAUUCCCAUCACCAUCAGAGUCAGCAGACACGCCGCCGGAAGGUGUCGUUACAGACAUCUUCCAUAGUCGGAAGUGGUCAAAAAUGGAGACAGAAACGCCGAAGGCAACGCAGAAACCAGCGGACAUCGCAGAAACUGCUGCAAUACCAACAAAGGACCAGUCGAAAGAACAGUCGAAGGACGACGACCUGCACGAUCUCGCUGCGUCGCUUGCGAGCGAUGCAGAGACGGCAGAUGAGGCAAGCAGCGUCAGCGUCGAGGAACCAGCAAGCAAGCCAUACGAAAUGCACGAAUCGAGAGUGCCCUCAUCCCGAUUCGGUCGCCUUUGGCAGUACGGUGGGUUGGCAACGAGCAUGGCCUUUGGCGCUGUCGGUGAGAGCUUCCGCCGAGUAACUGGUGGCACUGGUACUGGCAGUCUGAUGCUCAGCGAGGGUAACAUGAAUCGUCUGGUGGCAAAGCUGAGUCGCAUGAGAGGUGCGGCAUUAAAGAUGGGUCAGAUGGUGAGCUUCCAGGACUCAAAAGUCUUGCCGCAAACGAUCAACACGAUUCUUCAAAGAGUGCAGGACAGCGCCGAUUACAUGCCAGCCUGGCAGCGUGACAAAGUCCUAACGAGCAAUCUCGGAUCAGAAUGGAGGGAGCUGUUCUCCAACUUCGAGGAAAAGCCAUUCGCCGCCGCAUCGAUUGGUCAAGUACACAAGGCAACGCUCAACUCGAACGGCAAGGAUGUGGCUGUGAAGAUCCAGUAUCCUGGCGUCCGAAAUAGCAUCGAUUCUGAUCUGAACAACCUGUCGUUGCUACUCACAGCAAGCAAUCUCUUACCGAAAGGCUUGUUUCUCGAUAAGACCAUUGCCAACGCCAGGACCGAAUUGGGCUGGGAAUGCGACUACGAGCGAGAGGCGAAGGCAUGUAUCCGAUUCAGAGAUGAGCUUUUAGGCGACGAGAAGGACACCUUUCUCGUACCCAAAGUCUACACCGAGGCUUCAGGAAUGGAUGUCCUCACAGCAGAGUUCAUGCACGGCAAGGGAGUGACCAAGAUCCCGGAUCUCAAACAGCACGAGCGAGACUGGAUCGGCACACAAAUUUUGCGUCUCUGCCUGAGAGAGCUGAUGGAGUGGCGAUUCAUGCAGACCGACCCGAACUGGACCAAUUUUCUCUACAACCGGUCAACCAAGAAGAUCGAACUCCUCGACUUCGGCGCCAGUCGCGACUUUCCCGACAAGUUCGUGGAGCCUUACGUUGCGCUCUUGAUCGCUGCAUCGAAGGGAGACCGAGAGACUUGCAAGAAUAAGUCGGUCGAGCUUGGAUACCUAACUGGACGAGAGGGUCCAGAGAUGCUGAAAGCACAUGUCGACUCGAUCCUGACGCUCGCGGAACCAUUCUUGGAAAGUGCGCCGGAGGUCUACGACUUUGAAGAUCAGACCAUCACCGAUCGUGUGAGAUCAAAUAUUGGAUUGAUGCUGAGGGAGAGGCAGGCGCCGCCACCCGAAGAGACGUACAGUCUGCAUCGAAAAUUGAGCGGUGCCUUCUUGCUGUGCGCAAGAUUGAAGAGCAAAGUACCAGCAAGGGAAAUGUUCGCGACGGCAGUGGAUGUGUGGAAUGGCAGGGCAAAGUCUGUCAAGCUGUAA